AUAGAGAAAAAAUAAAAUUUAUCUUACUGUGUCAGGAGUCCCCAAGACUACACUCAGGCCAAAUAAGUUUUUAGAAAGAUUUGCAGAACUCAACAAAGCUGUUAUACUCAUGGUUACAGUGAAAGGAUACAGAUUAAACUUAGCAAAUGGAAAAGGAAAUGGGCAAAGUCCAGGAGAGACCAGGCACAACAUGUGCAAAGUAAGGAAGCUCACCCAGCUCUUGGAGUCCAGGGUUUUUAUGGGGUCAGUCACAGGCAUGCAGUGUCUGUGUGACUGACCUUAGCCACUCAGUCUCCAACCCACCAGAGAUCUAAAUAAUAACCUCGUAAACCUGGGCCUCAGUACUGCCAAAUGAGAGAAACUUCCAGAAUGCUGCUAAAAGCAAUAAUUUGGAUGUUAUGGAGAAGCUGUUUGAAAAGAAGGUGAACAUUAAUGCUGUGAACAAUAUGAACCGCACAGCCCUGCAUUUUGCAGUGGGGGCCAAUCAUUUAUCUGCAGUGGAUUUCUUGCUUAAUCACAAGGCCAGGGUGGAUAUUGCUGAUAAGCAUGGCUUGACAGGAAUUCACCUUGCAGCCUGGUCUGGAAGCCUCGAGAUCAUGCUCAUGCUGGUUAGAGCUGGAGCAGACCAAAGGGCCAAGAAUCAGGAUGGAAUGAAUGCCCUCCACUUUGCAGCUCAGAGCAAUAAUGUGCGUAUCAUGGAGUACCUCAUUCAAGAUCUGCACCUGAGAGACCUGGACCAGCCUGAUGAGAAAGGAAGAAAACCAUUUCUUUUGGCAGCUGAGAGGGGCCACGUUGAAAUGAUAGAAAAGCUUGUCUCCCUUAAUCUGCAUACUUCAGAAAAGGACAAGGAGGGGAAUGCAGCCCUGCACCUCGCUGCCAAACAUGGUCACAGCUCUGCGGUACGGGUGCUGCUAACCCUGUGGCAAGAAGUAAACGAGACCAAUGAGAAUGGAGAAACACCAUUCUUCCUGGCUGUUGGAGGAGGUCAUGAAGAAUGCAGCCAAGUGCUACUGGCAGCCGGAAGUGAUAUCAACAUUCCAAAUAAACUCAAUAUCAGCGCUUUGCAGAUGGCAACCCAGAAUGGCCACACGUCCCUUGUCAGCUUUCUUCUCAGUGAGAACGUCGAUUUGCACAUGAAAGUGAAACCUAAGGAGUCCCCUCUUCAUUUAGCUGUUAUCAACAACCAUAUCACAGUAGUAAACAGCUUAUUAAGUGCACAGCAUGAUAUUGACAUCUUAAAUCAGAGGCAGCAAACUCCUUUGCAUGUAGCUGCUGAUCUUGGAAAUGUGGAAAUGGUGGAAACCCUGCUAAAGGCAGGCUGUGACCUGAAGGCUGUUGAUAAGCAUGGGAGGACUGCCCUGGCCGUGGCCUCCAGGAGCAACCACAGCCUUGUUGUGGAUAUGCUCAUAAAAGCAGAGCGGUAUUAUGCCUGGAGAGAGAAGAACGGUGAGAGCAUCAGGGACCCAGCAACCAGCUUUCCUCUGACAUUUAAGCAGGAUCACAGUGAGGAGACUCGGCAUAUUCGCAGUCUCCUCUGGAACCUGGCUUACCGUCAGCUGAAGGCCAAGGAGUGGCAGAGGCUGGCCCGUUCAUGGAACUUUACAGGCGACCAGAUCCGAGCCAUUGAGGAGCAGUGGUCAGGCGAGGAAAGCUUCCGUGAACAUGGCCACAGGGCUCUGCUCAUCUGGCUGCAUGGGACCCUGAUGACGCAAGACGUGCCGGGAAAGCAUCUGUACGAAGAGCUGGUACGCGCAGGUUUCCCAGAACUAGCUGAAAAGAUCCGUCAAUUCAGAAGCGAAACUGACUCAAAUCCCAAGAAGUGUGCAGUUUCAUAAAUGUCUAGAGAAAUUGUAUUUAAAUGAUUUUCCACUCAGCAUUCAGUCCUUGUAAAUUCCGUCCUUUAAUGCCAUAAAGUUCCUCAAGAAGGAUUGAUUUUCCUUUCAAAUAUGAAGAUAGUGGUGACAGGAUCCUGUAACUGAUGAAAAAAUAGUGUUAUUCUUUUCCAACCACUGAAAAGUCAAAAAUGUUUUUGUUUUUGCUUAAGGUAAGCUGUAUGUGAUUUUCCCAUUUCUGUCAUUUGAUGCAAUGUAUAUGAGAGCAUAAUCUAGGAGGAUUUUGUACAUGUUUUAAAAAUAUAUGAUGGUGGGAGCAGCAUCAUGGUGUAUGGGAAAACCAAGGGUUUUAGGAUAAAUGGUUUUGAAUCGUGUUUUUUUUGCCACUUAUUAGCUGUGAGCCUUUGGGCAUUCUAAUAUUCAAAUUCCCAGGUCUUCAAUUUCCUUCUCUAUAAAAUGGAAGAAAUGUCUACCCUUUCAUAACAUUUUGGUGAGGAUGAAGGGAGAAUGCCUGUGAAAUACGUAACCUCAUGCCCAUAGUAUUGACAUCAUUAACUGUUAUUUCUCUUCUAAGGGAAACUGGCUUUGGAAAUUUAUAGCCACUGUUGGUUUUAAAGAACACAUAUGUGGAAUAUAUUACUUAGAAGGGACUAGAAGUAUAUAUACCAAUAUUUUAUUUCUUGGUAAUCUAGUUACAGGAGAUUUUUAUUUUCUUUGUACCUUUUUGUACUUUCCAAUUUUUUUUCACAAUGAACAUGUAUUAUUUUUAUAAUUGGAGAAAGUUAUUAAAUAAAUAUGUAAUCAAAUACCAAUUUAUAUCAGCUUAUAUGCACCUAUUUAUUAUACUUUAAGGCUCUCCAUUCUCAAAUUUUGACUCUAGGUCUAUAAGGCCAGAAAUAAAAUCAUGAGCAAUUUCAGUCCAUUUAUUCAAUCAUGAAUUUAUAGUUCCACAUCUUUGGCCCACUUAAUAUUAUGAAUGUUUAAAACAGGUAAUAUAUUCACAUGAUUUCCAAAAGUUUUUAACAGAGGUAUUCAGUGAAAAGUCUUGUCCCCAUCUGUUCUUCAAUAGGACCAGUUUUCACUGACCUUGCUUUGCCCCUCCCUUCCAAAAAUCUGGGUAACCUCUCUAUAUAAAAAUAAAUAUGAAUACAUACUCGUACUGUUAUGGUAUAAAGUGUUCUAAUUGUUGAAUUUAAGUUAACUAUACUAUUUCCAGAGCUUAAAGCUUAGAAAGAUAUAAUAUUCUUAAUUCCAGUUUUUAUAUUAUUCACUUCAGUUUGUCCACACGGUUAUAGGUUGCAUACUGAAAACCAUUCCUAAUUGUAAUCUAGGUUUUUCAAAAAGCAGGCCAGAGUUUAUGUGCCAUUGCUUUUUUUCAGGAGUGCAAAUCCAAGGAAGCAGGAGUAAAGCAAAGGGGGAGUGGCAUGGGAAGGAGGGAGAGCCAAGACCGGAAUGAAUUACCAAAUUGGCUGCCACUUGGUAUCAAGCACAACUGAUUAUUUGACCUCGAGGGUCCUCUCUUGUGAGAGAUGAGAGAUGGGAUGGCUAGUGCAUCUCAGGAUAAUUCGUACAAGGGACAAAGGAAGAAUAGACCUAUUCACCACAAUGGGGUGCGAACUCCAGGCUGCAUAUGAGUGGACCGUAGGUGGAGCCUGCGGGUCUCUUGUGACUCACUGGGAGUGGAGGGAGUGCGCCCUCUGUACAGGUGGCAGGACAUAAGGUGUUGUUGGGUUGUGCUUGUUGAAACCCAUAAGGAGCUGUUUGCCAGUGGUAGAUGGGCCAGAACAAGUGUUGCAUAAGAAGGAUCGAAUACUCUAAGACAUGGCCAGAUACUUCUAAUAAUUCAGAAAAGCCUUGGUGUGCCCCAAAUGAGAUAUUUGCCUAUCUCACAUUUAUUCUCUGAUGUCCUGUUCAUAAUGUAAGGCAGUAAGAAAAAUUAUUACCUAUAAUACGGUGAGAGCACAGAGCUAGCUCACGUUCAAAUUGGAAGAGGCUUCAGAUUAAGUCCAUCUACUUCUGAUAAAGAUAUGGAAGUAGAGGCCCUAAACAGAUUCUUCAGCAUCUACUCGUUUUUAUGUAACUCACAAGUGCUUUGUGAAAUAGGUAGGAUAGGUAGAUCUCAUUGUUUCACAGAUGAGGAUCCUGAGAUUCAUUUAAACUGUCUGGUCCAAGAUAACCCAGUCAGCCAGCAAUAAAACCAUUGGAAGCCUGGUCUUCUCCUAGAUCAGCUUUGCCCAGAUGAUUUCUUCCAAU